AUCUGCUACACUUCUUUCGCCCUUCACUCGGUUCGUUUAUCAGUCUAGAGAUAAGCCAGUCCAAGGAGCCUCUCGUGACUUUUAAAUCUGAUUUGUUUCCGUGAUUAUCGUAAAGUUACAUCGAGAAAAUGGCGAGCAGAAAGACCAAGAAGAAGGAAGGAAGCAAGCAAAGAUCACAAAGAGCAACCUCCAAUGUGUUCUCUAUGUUCGAUCAGUCUCAAAUUCAAGAAUUUAAAGAGGCUUUUACGAUGAUUGACGCUAACAGGGACGGCUUCAUCGACAAAGAAGAUUUAAAAGACACCUACGCCUCCCUAGGUAACAUUAAAAGCGAAGCUGAGUUGGAAAAAAUGAUGGAAGACGCGCCGGGGCAACUUAAUUUUACCGUCUUCCUUUCAAUGAUGGGUGACAAGAUUAAAGGUACCGAUCCUGAAGAAACAAUAGUGCAAGCGUUUAAAAUACUGGACGGUGACGACAAAGGUGUUCUGAACAAAAAAGUGCUGGCUGAAAUCCUCACGACACAGGCAGACAGGUUCAACCAAUCAGAGUUAAACCAAAUGUUCGAGAUCGCCCCGAUCGACGCUGCUGGCAACUUGGACUACAAGUCACUCUGCUACAUCGUCACCCACGGACAAGAAGAAGAAUAAAUCGCUUUUGAAUCAAUGACCUUUCGAUUUCAUGCAGUUCAUCACCGUUAUAUAUACAUUACGCAUCACCGGUAUUAUACACGGGCUAUUUCGCCUCUAUUUUAACGUCUAACAACUUUUGGUGGCGGCGAAAAAACGGCAAGUCGUAAAAGUCUAAUUUCAUGUUUGGUGAAUGUUUGGUUUGAAUAUACUGGCGCAGGUUUUGUGUUCUUGUUGACUUGACAGUGUAAGUGAGGUAUCCAACUGUCUGCUCGCGCUGAUCUGGCAUCAAAUAUCACGUUCAUCGUCAUGAAGAAUGUAUAUCAAUUGGUAAAAUAAAUAAAGUUUUACAGUGAA